AGAUGGCGGCUGCAGUCGCACAGGGACUUGAUCGCAAGAUGCAACGGCGAUUGAAACAAGGCCUCUCGGAAGAAAUGCUCUACGCGGUGCGGGACGUUUUCCAGACGUUCGAGUCAGGGACGGGGAUACUAGAUGUGAACUCAUUGCGAGCUGCGUUGAAAUCGCUCGAUCAUCCUAUUUCCCACCAAGAGGCCAAAAAUCUAGUGCAUGAUUUGGAUCAAGAUGGCUGCGGUGGAAUACAAUUCUAUCAGUUCGCGGAAUACCUCAAGCCGAUUCUGCUGAUGGACGACAUGCGAACAAAGAUAGAAUCAUACUUUGACGAGUUUGCUGAGGUUUUGCUCGAAGACGAUGUGUCUGAACCAACUUCCGAUACACAGAAACGAUACUUGACCAAAUCUAGCAUACGGGCCAUGGCAGAUAAGGUGGGAGAGUUACUCCCGGACGAGGAAAUCGAGGAAGUUCUUCAGUACGCGACCGAUGGUGACGAUAAGAUAGACGUCAAGACGCUUUUAAAAAUUUGCAAGGAGCUACGCCUCUACUGAUUCCGAAUUCGUUGGAGCCAACUUGCAGGGUGCGGCCAAGAAGGAAACGGAAAAACGACGACAAAGUGGAAUGUAGCAUAUCGAGGAAAGAACCAAAACAAGGAUGUAGCGACGGACACGACUACUUGGAUAUGUCGUCCCCCCUCUCUCUCUUGACUUCAAUCACCUUCUCUCGGCAGCAUGGGCAUGAAUCUGCCCUGUUCAACCAUUCGUGCAAGCACUUGGCAUGGUAUGAGUGCUGACAUUUCUUGAAAACCAGUCCAUACUCGCCUUCCGCAAAAUCGCACAAACAGACUGGGCAGGCCACCGGCUCAACCUUAUUUCCCUUGUCUCCUGAGCUUUGUAGCACCACUUUGGUCUCCAACGAGUCAAGACGGGCGGCCACAGUCGCAGGGUUCGUUCUUGGCUCGAAGGCAGACAGAUCGAACGGGUUAGAGACGUUCUCAACCACUUCGAUGCCCAGCGAUCUUGCGAGAUUAUCCAACAAGAAGAGUGCGGCGGGAGAGCCGGAAGCGAUAGAACGAAGUGGCGCUCCUAUCUCCCCAGCCCCCCACACCCUCCGCCUGUCGGAAUUCUGUCUGGGUGUUGAAAUGUUCAUCCCCAAAAAAAGCUUUUCCACC